AUGGUAUCUCCCAUAAGAAUAAAGCGUUUCAACAAGUCUGCCCUUGCACGUUCCAAGUUUGGUUACAAGACGAGUGCCAAAGAUUCUACUACUACCACGACGACUGCUGGAGAGCGUAAUCGUAUCUCACUCAGGAAGAGUCAAAUUGCCGAUCCCGUCAAAAAGAAGAGAAAGGAACCCACUACCGGUAUCCCACCACGGCUAUGGGGUCAUCUUGUCCCUCCCAUGCCUCUUAUCACUUCUACUAUCUACCGGCACUAUGCAAAGGGACCUCCUGCACCAUCAUGGUCGUUGACUUUUGAUAUCACCAUUGCCAUUAUCACUGAUUUCUUACGACGUUCGAGUAACAAGACCGUGGAGGACUUGCAAGCCUUGACAACAAGUAAGGGGCUUCCAGUGCCAUCUGACAUGGCCCGGGAAAAAGUCUACGUACCACAAGAUUUUCGUAUCCAAGCAGGCAAACAUCUUGGUGCAUUGCUUACGCCUGAGGAUGAACUUAACAUUGGUUGGGACUGGAGGUCCGAUUAUAAGCGCUCAUUCGAGUUGAGAGGUGAAUGGCUCUACGCCAAAAAGAAUAACAAGCAGCAACAACAACGACCCAAAAGAACCAUUUUUUACAUUCAUGGUGGUGCCUAUUAUCUUGGUUCAUACAAGAUUUAUCGUCAGCUAUCAUCCAAACUUGCCAAGUUGUCCGACGCCAGCGUAUUUGCCUUUAAUUACCGCCUUGCACCCCAACAUCCAUUCCCAGCAGCUGUUGAGGACGUACUUGCAGCCUACUUGUACUUGAUUGACCCACCUUCAGACUCUGGUGCCAUGCCUGUGGACCCAAAGGAUAUCGUGAUUGCAGGCGAUUCGGCAGGUGGUGGACUAACAUUUGCACUACUUUUGGCUAUUCGGGAUGCAGGACUCCCUGUCCCUGCAGGUGCCAUGACAUUAUCCCCAUGGGUUGAUUUGACGCAUUCUUUCCCAUCCAUCAUCCAUAAUCUUCAAACCGAUUUUCUUCCACCCAUUGGUUUCAAACAUGCACAUUCGGAAGCAUUGGAUUAUACAUUGCUGCCACAAAACGAAGAGACACGUUCAAAUUUGGAGAACAAUCACCAUGACAACAAAGAUACACGAGAUAAAGACCUUGAACGCAUCCAAUUUUAUGCUGGCAACGAGGUACUGAAACAUCCAUGGGUGAGCCCAGUAUUCGAUCCCCAUCAUUUGCGUGGUCUACCACCCUUACUUAUCCAAACCGGCACCUCCGAACGACUCCAUGAUGAAGCAGUGUAUACAGCCUUACAAGCAAGUAGCCAUUUUAAUGGAGAUGAUGAUUCGUCAUUUGCACCAACAUCAGUGAAACUCGAAAUGUUUGUGGAUCAGCCGCAUGUGUUCCAAAUCAUUCUUCCCACGCGUUCCUCUGUUGCUGCCAUUGAACGUCUAUGUAAUUUCGCCAAAAGUAUUACUCCGGAUAACAAGGACAACGUGAAACAUGAUGAUGAUGACUACCAUGAUAAUCUUUCAGUCAGCACGAUUUCACCUCGUGGUCAUGAAUCUAAUUCGACUGAAGAAUUACUCGCAUCUUUUGCGGAUGGUACCAAAUGGAAUGAAUGGAAGCGGCGACUGGCUCGUCCCUCUUUACGUGAUAGAUUAGAAGAGGUUGAAAACGCUGUAUCACAACUUUUGCAUAAAGAGCAUUAA